AUGUCGCUUCUAGUCGAGAAGACGUCAUCUGGCCGCGAGUACAAGGUCAAGGACAUGUCCCAGGCUGAUUUCGGACGCCUCGAAAUCGACCUGGCUGAGGUCGAAAUGCCUGGCCUAAUGUCCUGUCGAGCAGAAUUCGGCUCCUCCCAGCCCUUCAAAGGCGCUAAAAUCACCGGCAGUCUCCACAUGACGAUCCAAACCGCGGUCUUGAUCGAGACAUUGACGGCACUAGGCGCAGAGGUGCGAUGGUGUUCGUGCAACAUUUUUUCGACUCAGGAUCACGCUGCGGCCGCCAUUGCUAGGGACAGCGCUGCAGUUUUUGCGUGGAAGGGCGAGACACUGCAGGAGUACUGGUGGUGCACCGAGAGGUCCCUCGACUGGGGACCUGAUGGUGGACCUGAUUUGAUCGUGGAUGAUGGUGGUGAUGCUACACUACUCAUUCAUGAAGGUGUUAAAGCUGAGGAGGAGUACGAGAAGACCGGAAAAUUACCUGACCCUGCGACAACUGAUAAUGCCGAGUUCCAGAUUGUGUUGACGAUAAUCCGAGAUGGUCUUAAGACUGAUCCCAAGAAGUAUUCCAGGAUGAAACAAAGGCUUGUUGGUGUAUCUGAGGAGACUACUACUGGUGUGAAGAGGUUGUACCAGAUGCAGGCUAAUGGAACUUUGCUUUUUCCUGCUAUUAAUGUCAAUGAUUCAGUCACAAAGAGCAAGUUUGAUAACCUGUAUGGAUGUUGCCACUCACUCCCCGAUGGACUGAUGAGGGCCACUGAUGUUAUGAUUGCUGGAAAGACCGCAGUUGUAUGUGGUUAUGGAGAUGUCGGCAAGGGCUGUGCCUCUGCCUUGAAGAAAGCCAGUGCACGUGUGAUAGUGACUGAGAUCGACCCAAUCUGCGCUCUUCAGGCCAUUAUGGAAGGCCUCCAAGUUCUUCCCCUCGAGGAUGUGGUUUCUGAGGCUGAUAUCUUCGUAACCACCACUGGUAACAAGGACAUAAUCAUGGUCGGAGACAUGAGAAAGAUGAAGAAUAACGCGAUUGUUUGCAACAUAGGACACUUCGACAAUGAAAUUGACAUGCAAGGUCUUGAGACUUUCCCUGGCGUGAAGAGGAUCACCAUCAAGCCUCAAACGGACAGAUGGGUAUUCCCGGACACACAAAGUGGAGUUAUUAUCUUGGCGGAGGGUCGUCUGAUGAACUUGGGUUGUGCCACAGGGCACCCUAGCUUCGUUAUGUCGUGUUCUUUCACAAAUCAAGUUAUUGCCCAACUUGAGCUGUGGAAGGAGAAGGACACUGGAAAGUAUGAGAAGAAGGUUUAUGUAUUGCCCAAGCACCUUGACGAGAAAGUUGCGGCUCUCCACCUCGGAAAGCUUGGUGCUAGGAUCACUAAGCUUUCUAAGGACCAAUCUGAUUACUUAAGCAUACCAAUUGAGGGUCCUUACAAGCCUCCUCUUUAUAGGUACUAA